CUUUAGGCGAAGAUGAGCCAGACACAAGCAAAUGGGCUGCUAUGCGUCGUUCCUACAUAAACAGCCCAGUCACAUUCCAAAUGAACCGAUCACGUCACCCAGCCAGCAUGGGUACUCGGUAUCCAGAUGUGAAAUUCGAUCCGAGCGCCAUCGCUGGUCCGGAGGGUUCCAGUAAUUCCAUUGCAAAUACGGCAUCUAGCAACAUAGCGGACAUUCCGACUUCCUUCAUCAGCUCUACAGCGGCGAUGUCUAACCUCGUCGACAUACUGUCUCAACUCGAAACCGACUUGCCAUCCAUAUACGUUGACCUUGAAGGAAUAAAGCUGUCCCGUGAGGGGUCGAUUUCCAUUUUGACCCUCAUGCUUCACCCGUCUGCGACUCAGAAACACGUCUACCUCAUCGACGUCCAUACUCUAGGCGGACUUGCCUUCAAUACUUCAGGAAAGAACGGCGUGACUAUGAAGGACAUCCUCGAGGAGCCAACCAUCCCCAAAGUCUUCUUCGACGUCCGUAACGACUCUGACGCGUUGUACGCUCACUUCAACAUUGCUCUCCAGGGAGUUGAGGAUGUGCAACUGAUGGAGAAUGCUUCGCGACGAAGCGGGGCAUCCAAGAGAUUUCUCAACGGCCUUGUCAAAUGCGUUAAGUAUGAUGCAGCCAUCGGUUAUCGACUCUUCCGGAGCUGGAACCAGGCAAAGUUCGAUGGAGAGCUCCUAUUUGAUCCAAAAUGGGCGGGAGGCUCGUAUCAAGUUUUCAAUUUACGCCCGCUGCCAACCAAGAUUACAGCCUAUUGUAUCGGAGACGUGCAAUACCUGCCGCAUUUGAGGGAUGUUUACUGGGGCAAACUUACGGCCCCGUGGAAGGUGAAGGUGGGAGAAGAAACGAAGAACCGUGUGCUACAAUCUCAGUUGCCUGGUUAUCAGCCUUGCGGUAGUGACAGAGCGCUUGGCCCAUGGCAGGAUAACGAGACUAUCAUUGGGAGCCUUUGGAACCAGCACGACAGCUUAGAGGAUCCUUGGGAUGACUGGCAGGCUGAGAACGACGAUGACUGGUUUGAUACUCGUGAUGAUAAUGAUUACGAGGAUUGGACGAGAGUGCCAUGGCAGGGUCCUCCCUCUUAGCUUGUCUAGGGACGUAAGGGAGAUGGACUGAAUUGGUCAAACUCGAUAACGGGGUAAAUAGCGCCAGAUGAACGUUGUCUGCCCACGCUUCUAUAGCACACGUCACAGAAUCCUUGCUCGUUUAUAAAUUGAACCACUGUCGGCGACUCAUGGCAUUCGAGACAAGAAUGUUGGUCACAGUAAUCUUUAUAUCCAGACAUGGUCUGGCAGUGAGCUUUUGGCAUGUUUUUUGAUUGCUUGUGACGUUAUUCAACCAAAGGCCAACUUUGUCCCCAUGACUGCAAUCAUCUCCCGGAUCCGCCAUAAUGGCCGGCCGAGUGUCAAGUGAGCGGAUGUAUGACAAACGUUGUUACUUCUAGCAGACGUGAUCAUGAAG